GUUUUAUAAUGAGUUCUCGACGGGAGCAAGAUGGACACUCACCAAGACUGGAGGCUGUGAUUCAGAAGUUGAAGAAGACUCUGCUUCAGUCGGACAGCAGCUCAGGAGACAGAAGUCUGACACUUCAAGAGGAUGUGGAAGAAUCUGGAGCCACUGCUAUCCCUAUCGCCUCUCACAUUUGUCAGAUCAUCGCCCGCAACCUCGCUGAACAGCCUGAUGGUGAGAGCGUUGAGGUUAGCAAGCUGGAGGAGAGCGGUGCCCUGAGGGAGCAUUCUUCUCCUGGCCAGAUGGACGACGACCAGCCACUAGUCAAACAAACCAGUCUCACAGAGAGGGCCUACCUGUACUCAACUGAGCUUCAGAAGCGUAUUGAGCAAGAUCUUAACAUCGUUAUCCAGAAACAGACUGCUCUGCUGCAGGAGGAGCGGAGCCGGAGUGCCAGCCUAAGCCAAGUCAACUCUCUGCUACGGGAACAACUGGACCAGGUAGACAUUGUCAACAAGGGCCUAAUGGAGAGCUUAAGGAAGAUCCGCGAAGAUGCUCAGCGGUUUCAUACUCGCCUGCGCAGCGAGAAAGAGGUGGGGGGAGGGAGCACUUAAAUGAAGGGCUUGAACUUAAAAGGCAAAGGGAAAGUUCAAGUUCACCCCUUAGUGCUGAAAAAUUGCACAAUUAAACUCCUGCUGAGUUCACAUG